GCCGGGGCUGUCGCAUUCUGAUCCUUCGCUUUGGGUUUCUCGAACUCUCCUUGUUGCCAUGCUGCGCCGCGGACGGCUCCGCUUCGGCGGCUUGGGAGUCCGUUGGUUCAGCGGCCGCGUGGCGCGGCUGGGGCCCUCGAAGCCGUCCAGCUGCGUGGUGCUGCUGCACGGCCUGGGCGACACCGCGGAGGGCUGGCUGGGCGGGGCGCACCACUUAGCGGCCUCGUUGCCGGAGACGCGCUUCGUGUUGCCCACCGCCCCCACGCAGCCGGUGUCGCUCAAUGGGGGCAUGCCUAUGCCCAGUUGGUACGACAUCCGCGGCCUCGGGGAGCGCAGCGACGAGCCCUGCGAUGGCAUCGAGGACUCCAGUCAGGGCGUGAGAGAAUGCUUUUGGACGGUGGAGCAGUUGAUCCAGGAUGAGCUGGAUGCCGGGCUUGCGCCAGAGAAGAUCGUCCUUGCUGGCUUCUCCCAGGGUGGCGCCCUCUCCUUGUACACGGGCCUGCGCCUGCCAAUUCGCUUGGCGGGCGUGGUGUGUAUGUCAGGGUAUUUGCCCUUCACCCGCACCUUCGCAACCUCCCCAGAGGCGGCGCAGGUGCCGGUGCUCCACUGCCACGGCUCCGCCGACGGCGUGGUGCGCCUGGACUGGGCGGAGGCGGGCGCUGAGCGGUUGCGGCAGCUGGCGGUGCCGCUGGAGAUGCGGCUCUAUGACAUGGGCCACUCCGCAUGCGAGGAGGAGCUUGACGACGUGGCAGAGUGGAUCGCUGAGCGCGUGAAGUGAGAGGAAACA